UAUGUACAACUCUCCAAUCAAACUCUGAGAUAAGUCUUACUCUCUCAUUGCUUACUCUUUCUCAUCUUUCCAUUUCUUUCUUGAAUAACUUUCUUGAAUUAAUGAUCUGUAAGCGCAUGUGAUUGAUAUAGAGACGGAAAGCAAUUAAAGUUCUCGAGAGAGAAUUUUAUAACUCACAGAUCGAUGGAGACUCAUCAGAUUCUGGAGAUAAACUUGAUCACCGCCCAGGGUUUGAAGACGCCGUCAGCUAACUUGCGACGGAUGCAGACCUACGCUGUCAUCUGGGUUAACCCGGGGAAGAAGCUCCGGACCCGUCUUGAUUCACUCGGCGGAGAAAACCCUACCUGGAACGACAAAUUCCUAUUCCGGGUCUCCAAUGAAUUUAUCUCCGGCGAUACUUCCGCCGUCUCGGUUGAGAUCUUUGCCCUCGGUUAUAUUAAGGAUUUUCUCAUCGGCACUGUGCGUUUUCUCCUCAGCACGUGCCUCAAGAGGACGAUACCGAUCGCCUCCGCUGGGGGGGGAUCAGUCGGAUCCUCAGCCUUCACGGCCGUCCAGAUACGCCGUCCCUCCGGAAGAUUCCAAGGCGUUCUUAACAUUGCGACCGCGGUGUACGAUUCCUCCGAAUUUCCAAUCCUGGGAAAAAUUUCGGCGGUGAGUUUCCAUGACCUGAUGGACAAGAAGGAGACCCAGUCGCGCCGGCAACGGAGGCUGAGCCUCGGCGGCUCGAAAUGGAGCCAGCAGUCAUCAGAAAGAGAGUCUUGCGAUUUCUCCGACGGCGGUGACUCCACGACGUCGUCCUCUUCAACCGCAUCGACGGCGUUGAAGGAAUUGAACUGCGUUCGAGAAUUGGCGGGAAGUAAGGGAUUCAAAGCCGACGGUGGGGGAUUGCUUUGUGGGCUGAGGAAGGUUCCUUCCUGCCCGUCGGAUCAGAAUCUUGAGUUCUGGGGAGAUUCUUUUGAAGGUAAUGUUUGAUGGACGGCCCAGAUUUGUUCACAAGAAGUGGAGUAUGGUGGAGAUCGCAUCACAGAAGUUUGAAGUUCGAGCAUGAUUUUUAUUUUUAUUUGUCUGUUCUUUAGGGAAUAUGAAGCAGUUCAUUGA